UUUCGAGUAAUCAAGUAGUCAGAAAAUUUUGAAAUUUGUCACUUUGAAAAUGGUUAUUAGUCUGAAAAAUAUUUCCUAAAAUUUAAGAUGGAAUCUCAACAAGAAACAACAAGACCUUUCCUUGUGGUACGUGGUGGUAAUAUAACAGGAGUCAAAAAACCAACACAUUAUUUGGAGACCCUAACACAUGCAAUAAAAGGAAACGUUGGUACAGGAAUUUUUGCAAUGGGUGCUGGUUUUAUGAACAGUGGGAUGCUUUUAGGCCCUUUGCUAUUAAUAUUUAUAGGAGUAGUAAAUUUGCAUUGCCAACAUAUACUUAUUAGAGCAUGUAUUGAAAUUACAGAUAAAGAAACGGUUCCUGUUUUACCAAGUUUUGCUGAAACGGUUCAAUACACUUUUGAAGAUUGUGAUUCCAAUUGGUUGAAAAAACAUUCCAAAGCUUUUGGAAUCACCACUGAUGUGUUUUUAAUUCUCGCAGAAUAUGGAUUUUGCGUUGUCUACUUCAUUUUUGUUUCAAAACAUCUUGGCGAGAUUGCUGAAAGUUACCAUUGGAAACAAGAUUACCGUGUGAUUCUUGCUCUGAUUUUGAUACCCAUGUGGCUGUCAACUUUUUUAGGAAAUCUGAAACUGUUGACUCCAGUAUCUCUAAUAGCAAAUAUUAUUAUGUGGAUUGGAAUUAUAUUGAUUUUGUAUUAUUCUAUAGUACAUUUGGAUUUGAAAACUCAGCGAAAUUUGGUAUCUAACAUUGAUAAACUUCCACUCUGUUUUGGAAUCAUUUUAUUUUCACUUAGUGGAAUUACUUUUAUUGUUCCUUUACGAAUGGAAAUGAGACAUCCUGAAUCCUUUAGCACUGCUUUUGGUGUUUUAAAUGUGGCAAUGGUGGUAGUAGUGGCUCUCUACUUGCUUGUUGGAAUAUUUGCUUAUUGGAUGUGGGGAGAUGAUGUAAAAGGAAGUGCUUUUCUGAACUUACCACAAGAAGAGGGAUUAGCUAUAGCUACAAAAAUUUUAAUUUGUUUUGGAGUGAUGUUUACCUUUGCUUUGCACAUGUACAUUCCUUUUGAAAUUGCUUAUCCGCGAUUUUAUAAAAAGUGGGGACCUUUCAAUCAUCCAACUUUGAUAAUAAACGUAUACAGAUCAGUGGCUGUUCUCAUAACUUAUACUAUCGCUAAUAUCAGUGCAAAUUUGGCAUCUUUUAUUUCACUGAUUGGAGCAUUGACUGGAUCUUUUUUAGCAUUAUUAGUACCAGCAAUGCUUGAUUUGGCAAUGAAAUGUGGAUCAUUGACGUGUUUUACUGUCUUUAAGGAUGUGUUCAUAAUUAUUUUGGCCUUUGCAGGAGCAAUCACCGGCUCAGUAUUAUCAAUUAUGGAUAUUAUUAAAGACUACACGAAAGAAAACGAGUGAAAUAAAACUUCAUUUAUUCACAUUAAAAUUGAACAAUAUUGUGCACUCAGAGAGCAAAACUAGUUUAUUGUUUGACAACUUUUAAAUCCUUAUUCAAUCCGCUGUUAUUUUAACUGAUUUUCUAAAUCUACAAUUAGUACCAGUCAUAUAUACAUAAAUAUAACGUCUAAAUUCACACAUCUCAAUUCUACAAUCCCUAAAGAGAUUGAGUUGAAAUGUGAUAAUUACAACAAUAAAUAACAAAAAAAAUCUUG